GCACCCAAUCGCGAUGCACGCGUUGCUGUUUGAUUGCUAUUCUAAGCGUAUACGUAUAAUUAGCGUUAGGAGAAAAAUGAGGCUGCAGUGUACGCUGCAUUGACAGCCGCGGUCGCGCGCACGGACGCCUCUCUUUCGCUGGAGACAACAUACCGAAGCAUUCGUGCACUACAUUAUCGGGCAGUAUAUAUAACAUGGCGGUCUAUCAACGUUCAUCUGCACGCUAUAUAGAUGUCAGAUUGUAGAGCAUCUCUUCGAACGGUAAAAAGAGAAAAAAACGGUUGUGAUUUGAGUUUAUUAUACCAAGGGGGGUUAUAUAACGUGGCUGAUCUGUAUGCAACUAAAGUCUGAGAAUAAAACAAAAUGCCAAGAGCAGGCAGCGGAGAAGACUGACUAAACUGACAGGAAAUAAAAACCUCAGAUGAAGAUGGCAUACAAGAUCCCAGGGGCUGCUAUGGAUCGUGUUAGCCUACUUUGGCGAUUGAGGCGCCGGGCUCGUCGAGGGGCCCUAUGCAUGGCACUGUUCUGUUUGACUAUGGCUCUCCUGUACACUCUUUGUGCUGAAAACAGCAUUCCUGUCACAGAUGCCAUUUUCGGAGUCAAGGCCAGAACUCGAGCUCAACCAAGAGCGCACACAAUUGUUAAGGUAUUGCGGGGAACAGGAGGGUCAAAGCCUAUGUAUACUGACCCUCAAAAGCUCCCAGGUGUCAUUCCUGGAGAUCCUCAAAAGCCUAUCCCCAUCCUGUCAUCAUCUAACUACACAAUGGAGAGCACUUCUAAAGACCACAGUCUCGGGGGCAAAAAAAGAGAGCGUGGGCUCUUUUACUGGCUUCUGGCGCAACCAUUGACUAUUUUUGGAGGCAGACGGAGAGGAGAUAUGGGGACCGCAAUUCGGGAUGCUGAUGUUUUUAAGCCUAAUGGAGCACUCGGAGAGGUCUGGAAUGAAGAGAUGUCGAGCACCAUGCUGGGAAAAAGGCUGAGGAAAGUUGUGCAGAACUAUCAGGCAAUGAAUAAAUAUGGAGUUAAGUACCCUGCAACAGGGAGUGCAGCACACCGCUCCAAACUCAGUGGACCCGAAAUUCUUUGUGAAAUUAAGGAGAAGGUUCAGGUCACAACUUUAACACCAGAUAUGGAGCCAUUUUCUGGGUUUCCCUGGGGCUCUCAGUUACCUCCACGCCAAAUAACCUCUGAUGUCGGCCCGUUCAAGACCUGUGCAGUGGUAUCGUCUGCAGGAUCUCUCAAAAACUCUGGAUUAGGAAAGGAAAUAGAUUCUCAUGAUGCAGUGAUACGGUUCAAUGCCGCACCAACAGCUGGUUUUGAGAAAGACGUGGGCUCUAAAACAACAGUGCGUCUUAUCAAUUCACAGGUAAUGGCAUCUGAAGACCACCAUUUCCUCUCCAACUCUUUGUACAGUGCAGGGAUUUUAGUUGGCUGGGAUCCUAGCCCUUAUUCUUCAGAUCUUUGGGAGUGGUACAACAAGACAGAUUACCCCAUAUUUAAACAGUAUCAGCGAUAUCGCCGAUUACACCCUCAGCAGCCAUUUUACAUUGUACAUCCGCGAAUGGAAUGGCAGCUGUGGCAGAGAAUACAAGACAACAUGGGUGAAGCCAUCCAAAAAAAUCCACCCUCAUCAGGCCUGCUGGGCACAGUUUUAAUGAUGUCCCUGUGUGAAGUGGUACAUGUCUACGAGUUCCUGCCAUCGCGGCGGAAAACCGAGCUGUGCCACUACUACCAACGCUUCAGUGAUGCCGCCUGCACACUCGGCGCCUACCACCCAUUACUCUAUGAGAAAAACCUGGUCAAGAGGAUGAACCAAGGCUCCGACCGAGACAUCUACACACUUGGCAGGGUCACUCUUCCUGGGUUCACCACAUUUAACUGCACUUCCAGCACUCCGUCAAAAACGUAAUCUGAGGGUGAACUGAUUUGCUCGGUACAUUCUCAGAACAUAACAAUACAGUGCAUGAUUAACAAGUAUUCAUUCUGGUCUCUAAUGGAGAUCAGGAGUCGGCUUCACGGGUGGAGAACGAAAAACUAACACAACUAAAAACUAGUGGUUGUUUACGGAGAGGAUCUUAACUCACACGGACACAAAAUAACAGAGUAGAAGUUCUGUAUAGUUGUAAACUACCAACCAUUAUUCCCUAACUUGCCCCAUAGUGGAAAAUUCAUACUGUUUGCUGUUAAUUAACAGAAAAGAUCUCUGUAUCACAUAUUUGCCUCUCAAUUACAUUCAAACACUGCCUAAUGUGACAUAUAGACAGAAGAGUUCAGCCAAACAUGAAAAUUUGCUGAAAAUUUAAUCAUCCUCAGGCCAUCCCAGAUGAUGGUGAUGGUCAAACAUUAAAGAUGUUUUUGUGCUGAACCAGUGUUUCAUUUUUUGUGCCUAACCAGUGUUCCUUGGUAAUCCAUAAAAUAAAAGUUUUAUUAUAGAUAUAAAUUGUUAUAUUAGAUAUGAUAAUGUUUUAAAUAAUGUUCAGUUUCUUGCUCAGACCGAAUGAUCCUCAUCAUUAGAUCCUCCAUGUAUUAUUGGUUUUGCUUGUGGCCAUUGACUUGCAUUUUAUGAAUCUCCAAGGACCACAGUUUCAACUAAAAAUCAUCUUUAAUGUUCUAAUGAAGGAAACGUCACCUAUAUCUCAGAUAACAAAAGGUUUAGUCAAUUAGCAGCCCAUUUUCAUUUUCGGUGCAUUACAAAUUCAAGAACCAAUCUCAAAAAACAAAAUUAAAAACCUGAUUAAUUUCUGGGCCCGUACUCACAAUAAGACUUAAUGCUAAAAGUAAAUAAAAUAAUGAUGGACAAGAACUAAAUUUGGAACUCUAAAAUGUAAGUAUUAAAAUAUUUCACAAAGCAUUUUAGCAUUAAACUAGCUUCUAAAUCUAAAGUGUUGGGAGUAGUGAAGUCUCUAAAGUCACGAAGAUCAAACCACAAACUAUCCUAAAAUGUAAACAUUUUAGGAACAUUUGACAAUAUUUUUUUUUAAAAGGUUUCACCUUAAUCAGUGUUAUUAUGACUGUUGCUGCACCAGGAUGCAAUCACUUCACCAACAAAUACAAACAUUUAUUUAUUUUUUUAGCAAAGCUCACUCCCAUUUACAUGAAAUUUCCAUUAUUCAUAUUUCUCCUUAAGAAUUUUUUUUAUAUUUUUUUGUAAUUAACUGCAAUUAUUUAGAUGCCCAAAUGAACCACUCUCAAAGGUCAGGUGUGCUACUGGUCACUGAUUUAAUGUAUUAACGUCUAAUGUUAAACACUGUUGUAUCCAUUGCAUUAGAAAUGCGACAUGAACGCGACUUUAUCCAUGUUUGCCUGUGCUGCAGUCAUGUUCUACAGAUUGUCUCUGGCUGAGGGUAAAGAGUGGGAACUCUUCAAUGAUUUAAGUAGAGGAACAAUUUCAGAAUCUCACAGCUAUCAUACAUAAAAAUCUUAAAUAUUUUCAUCUCCAAAUGUGUCCACAAAAGAUUUCUAUUUGUGCACCACUAGAGAUGAGGGUGGUAAGAGUUGUACAAACACUUGUACAAGUAUCAAAGUCACUGCCUAUCAGUUUUAGAGUCCACAAAAGCACAGUCAAAAAUAGGUGGAUUUAUCCUGUAAAAUAAUGAGACCUGUGAAACAAGUGUGACAGUGAACCGCUUUGACGCUGCAUUCCACAUUCUCGAUCAUUGUAUGCAUACAGUACAUGGCACACAGAUUCCCAUACUGCCAUCCUCUCAAGCAUCCUCCCCAGUCUGUGUGGGUCCUAAUGCCCUAGUAUUGUGAAGCAGACACCAUACUGUCAGUGGGCGCCGUCUGUUAGAUGAGACAUUAAACUGAGGUCCUGACGCUCUGUGGACAUUAAAAAUCCCAUCGCACUGCUCGUAAAGAGUAAGGAUGUAGUCCUGGUUUCCUGGCCAAAUUCCCUCCAUAGGCCCUUACCAAUCAUUGCCUCCUAAUCAUCCCCAUCCACUGAAUUUGCUCAAAAACCAGCCUAUAGCUGGUGUGUGGUGAGCACAUUGGCGCCGUUUUCCUGUGACUGCCAUCGCAUCACACUAGCGGUGGUGUGGAGAGACCUACCCCCUCUCAUGAUUGUGAAGUGCUUUGGGUGUAUGGCCAAAAAAAUACACAUCACAGUACAUGUCAACUUCAGUCGUCAAUAAUGUAAUAAGUGUUUUACAUGUGAUUAUAUUAAAGCCACCUAUACAAUUAUGCUUGCUGCAGUUAUGAGCUUAAUCACAUUAUUUAGAUCAAAGUGUUUGUACAUGAGGUAAAGCUUAACUGCAAUAUGGCCAAAAUCUCAAUAUAAUCACAUGACUAGUAUCAUCCAUUAUUACUUUAUUAAUUAAAAAGCUGUUUAUAUGCAUGUCCGCUAACUGUUUACGAGAAGCACACAUGAAGAUGCUGACAAAUAGUUGGAACAUUUACUUGUUUUAAUAAAAAACAACAUUUUUAUUAUGAACGCGGCGACAUUUUUAUUCUUAAACCAACAUUUGAAUAUGGCUACAUAACAUUGGCCUCAACAAUAUUUCUAUGACUAAAUCUCUGAUAGAGACCCCUCCCCUGUCGGCCAAUGCUCGUGUAAAUAGUUAAUGAUCAUGUUGACAUCGUCCAUAAAAAUGAGGUCAACCCCACCAUUCCUUAGCUUAAAUUCCUCAGUAAAACCUUUGCGAACAGGUUUUAGGCUAAAACUCUGAGCUAAAAUCUUUUACUGCUAUUUAAGAGAACUCUUAGUGGUAAGAUUAAACGUCUUGUGAAUACGGGCCCUGACGUUUUGCAGCCACUCAUCAAAAAUCCAGAUUAUCAGACAAAAUAAAGCUCUUUGUUGGAAAGUAGCCAAGAUUUUAUCCAUUAAAGUGUAGCGCGCAAAGCUCUAUGUCCAAAGCCAGCCUGCUGCUUCCAUAACAUGCAGGUUGUUUUUCGAUUUAUGCAACUGCAAUCCUAACAUAUUCAUGCAAACUGUAAAGCGAUCUUGCCAACACACAUGCCAUUAGCAAAGUAAUGCUUUAAAGCAAUGUAUUUUUUGAAAGCUGGAGAUCUGUAUGCAUUCAGUAUUUACACUGUGACGCCUUUCCUCUUAUAGCACUCUGUUACACUUGUAGGGCCGUGAAGAAUGUCCUUGCAUGCUUUACUGAAAUUGCACUAUCAUACCUUUGGUAAACUUGUAUUUAGUUGUAUUUAUGAACUAUUGUUAGAAGGAAAAGACAUAGUGCAUGACGUAAUGUUUUAAAAUUCAACUUGAAACACAGAAACAAGAUAUAUUUAGGUGUUUUUUGAGGGAAAGGAGCAUUUAUUUAUGGCUGUAUUAUUGAUUUGGUGUGUUUUUACAGGAUACGUCAGUGUGUCUCAUCAAUAUUCGAACACCUAGAUUACAGUGUGUAAAUAUAAAUCCUGCUGCUAGCGAUACAAGUUAUUCUUAAUCCUUAAGUGUGUGGGGCACUAAUAUUCAUGCAUUAUCCAUUUAGAAACAUUUAGAUUUUCUAGCACAAGUUUUAUUUUUUGCCUCAAUUGACACGAUUUGUUUCUCAACCUUACUAAAGCAACUUUUUGGUCAAUGCCGAUAAUGUUUACUUUACAUUAGAACGAUGAAGUGAAUUAUUGAAAUGUAAAAUUAUGCUUUUUUUAAAACUGUUUUUACUUUAUUUUUUUAGGGCAGAACGUAAUCUUUAUAUGUCAUUUGUAGCAUAAAGCAAAUUCUAAUUACAAAAUGUUUAAAAAUGAAAUGAAAAAGCUAUAGGCAUAGAAUGUAUUUUACAUUUAAGAUUACUAAUAAUUGCUAAUUUAUAAAAACCAUGCUGUUUUCUGCAAAAGUCAAAUGAAUCGUAAAUGAGUGUUGUUAUGGUUUUGCAAAGUUUUAAAAAUAAAUAUUAAAUCGAUCAAAGUAAUCUGGGCUAUGCACAUGCAAACUGUCAAAUGUAAAUAUGUUUUAUUUUUUAUGUGUAUUCCAUGUUUCUCAAAUACCAUGGCAAAUUUGUUUUUAUUUCUCAAGAAUUUUCCCUUUAAGCAUUCUGUCGGCAUUAAGAAAUUCUUUAAAAGAAUUUGCUCUGGUAAAAUGCAAAUGCCAAAGUUGUUGUACAAACACAAAGGAAUUGUGAGACUUGAUAGACUGCAAUGAAGGUUGUACAAUGAAACAAGACCGAACAUAACCAUUGUAUGUUCUGAACAAUGGCUAGUGUAUGUCCUUUAAUUACAGCAGAAUGAAAACGGGCAAUUUUCCACACAGCAUGUACAGAUUUAUCUAAACGAAGCUGUAUGGAAAAUUCAGAAAUCCUUGUUUAUAGCGGUUAUAACCAGUGGUCAUUAAGUGAACUGCAGCCUUCAACUUUUCCACUUGUUAAGUGUGAUGUCAUAGGCUUCCAGGCCCAAGCGCUAUAUUAAACUGUAUGGGGAGACUCAACAAAUGGUAAUAAUAAACAUUUACAAAACGAUGUAAUACUUUUGAAAAUCACAAUAGAAAAAAAA